CGCUUUUGAUUGGCCGAGCCCAACACCAUCCCAGGGUGCUUUGUGGCAGCAGUUCUUUUCCGCUGGCCGUUCUCCUCCGGAGGAGGCCCGUAGGCAGCAGCCAUGGCGCCCAGCCGGAAUGGCAUGAUCCUGAAGCCCCACUUCCACAAGGACUGGCAGCGGCGCGUGGCCACGUGGUUCAACCAGCCGGCGCGGAAGAUCCGCAGACGCAAGGCCCGGCAAGCCAAGGCACGCCGCAUCGCCCCGCGCCCCGCGUCCGGACCCAUCCGGCCCAUCGUCAGGUGCCCCACGGUGCGGUAUCACACCAAAGUGCGAGCCGGUAGGGGCUUCAGCCUGGAGGAGCUGCGGGUGGCUGGCAUCCACAAGAAGGUGGCGCGGACCAUCGGGAUCUCCGUGGAUCCGAGACGGCGGAACAAGUCCACGGAGUCCCUGCAGGCCAACGUGCAGCGGCUGAAGGAGUACCGCUCCAAGCUGCUCCUGUUCCCGCGGAGGCCGGCGGCCCCCAAGAAGGGGGACAGCUCGGCCGAGGAACUCAAGCUGGCCACGCAGCUGACAGGACCGGUCAUGCCCAUACGGAAUGUCUACAAGAAAGAGAAAGCCAGAGUCAUUACCGAGGAGGAGAAGAACUUCAAGGCGUUUGCCAGUCUUCGCAUGGCCCGUGCCCAUGCCCGGCUGUUUGGCAUCCGGGCCAAAAGGGCCAAAGAAGCUGCAGAACAGGAUGUGGAAAAGAAAAAAUAAAGCGCCGAUGGCAUCUUGAGAUA